AUGGAUAACCAAUUCUUAAUUGAUUUCUUAAUGGGUGGUGUUUCCGCCGCCGUCUCUAAGACCGCCGCAGCUCCAAUUGAAAGAGUUAAAUUAUUGAUUCAAAAUCAAGAUGAAAUGAUCAAGCAAGGUAGAUUAGCCAAGAGAUACGGUGGUAUCGUUGAAUGUUUCAAGAGAACUGCCGCUGAAGAAGGUGUCGUUUCCUUCUGGAGAGGUAACACUGCUAAUGUUAUCAGAUACUUCCCAACCCAAGCCUUAAACUUUGCUUUCAAGGAUAAAUUCAAGCAAAUGUUCGGUUUCAAGAAAUCUGAAGGUUACUGGCCAUGGUUCGCUGGUAACUUAGCUUCCGGUGGUUUAGCCGGUGCUACCUCUUUAGCUUUCGUCUACUCUUUGGAUUAUGCCAGAACUAGAUUAGCUAACGAUGCUAAGUCCUCCAAGGGUGACGGUAAGAGAGAAUUCAAUGGUUUAGUUGAUGUUUACAAGAAGACUUUAGCUUCUGAUGGUAUUGCUGGUUUAUACAGAGGUUUCGGUCCAUCUGUUAUUGGUAUUGUUGUUUACAGAGGUUUAUACUUCGGUUUAUAUGAUUCUUUAAAACCUGUUGUCUUAGUCGGUCCAUUAGAAGGUUCUUUCUUAGCUUCUUUCUUAUUAGGUUGGACUGUUACCACUGGUGCUUCUACUGCUUCUUACCCAUUAGAUACCGUUAGAAGAAGAAUGAUGAUGACUUCUGGUCAAAAGGUUAAGUACGACGGUGCUUUCGACUGUUUCAGAAAGGUUGUUGCUGCUGAAGGUGUUGCUUCCUUAUUCAAGGGUUGUGGUGCUAACAUCUUAAGAGGUGUUGCCGGUGCCGGUGUUAUCUCCUUAUACGAUCAAUUACAAGUUAUCGUUUUCGGUAAGAAGUUCAAGUAA